CACCCAAAUCGUGUGGCAGAGCAUUUCUCCCAACACCUCCCUCAAGACAGCUCGAGGUUACUCGCCCGACCACCGAUCAUGGAGGUUGAAACCCCAGCUCACACACAGCAGCAGCAAGUCACUAGCGCCGCCGGCGCCGGUGUCGCCUCUAAACCGCUCCACCGCAACCCCCGCCUGGUCCUCAGCUUCCUCCUCAUGGUCCUCGGCUGGGCGUCCGGGCCACUGCUCCUCCGCGACUACUUCCUCCAGGGCGGGAACCGCAAGUGGCUCUCUAGCCUGCUCCAGACCGCCGGAUGUCCGAUCCUGGUCGCGCCGCUCUUGGCCUCGUACUUCUCCCGCCGGCGGUGCUCCGCAACCACGCCGGUCUUCCUUAUGUCGCCCCUGCUCCUGGCCGGCAGCGUCGUGGUCGGCCUCAUGACCGGCCUCGACAACCUCCUGUACGCCUUCGGCGUGGCCUACCUGCCCGUGUCCACCUCCUCCAUCCUCAUGUCCACGCAGCUCGCCUUCACGGCCGGCUUCGCCCUGCUGCUCGUGCGCCAGCGGUUCACGGCCUUCUCCGUGAACGCCGUACUUCUGCUUAGCGUCGGCGCUGCCAUGCUGGGGAUGAACGGCGGAGGGGACCGCCCCGCGGGGGUGACGCGGGUGCAGUACUACUCCGGGUUCGGCAUGACGCUCGGCGCUGCCGCGCUGUACGGGCUCAUACUGCCGGUCAUAGAGCUCAGCCAGGCGCGGCACGUGGCGCGCGCGGGCUGCGCCGUCACGUACACGCUCGUCAUGGAGAUGCAGCUCGUCAUCGGGCUCGCGGCCUCGGCCUUCAGCGUCGUUGGCAUGAUCGUCAACAACGACUUCCACGUAAUCCCACGCGAAGCCCAGGAGUUUGGGCUCGGCAAGGCAGGCUACUACCUGCUGUUGGUCGGUUCCGCCACAGUGUACCAGUUGUUCUCCCUUGGUAUUAUAGGCGCAAUCUUAUAUGGCUCGGCGCUGCUCGGUGGAGUCAUCAUGACCGUCCUCAUCCCGGUCACCGAGGUGCUCGCCGUCCUAUUCUUCCACGAGCCUUUCAGUGGCAUCAAAGGCAUUGCCGUUGCCCUCUCAGUCUGGGGCUUUGUCUCCUACUUCUACGGCGAGAUCGGGACCCAUGCGCAGCAGCCCGACAAGCCCUCAAAUACAAAUCAAUUAGAUGUUUAAAUGAUCACAUUGUGGUGUUGGUCCUCGAUUUGUCAUGGCAUUCCAUUGCAACCAUGAAACUUUUGUUGUAUUGCUAUGAAUCUAUGUCGAGGCUGAAAAUAAAAUAAACUAUAAAGAGGUAUUAGGUUGUGUGUAA